AUGGUCGUGCACAAGAGAAUGGUGCAUAAAGGACUGGUGUAUACCGGCAGAAACUACACCCUCAGUAAGAGACGCAGUGACUGUUUUGCAAAGCUCAGCGAUGGUGUUUAUGGUGAAAUUCAGAAUAUCAUAUCCCUUCCUUCAGAAGAAGAUAUUUCCAGGCUUCUGGUUAAGUUCCCUGAGCUGAACCACUCUAUGAAAGUGAGUGUGUCCAUGGACAGGGAGACUCCUCAGAUCAAAGGAUAUCGGCGUUUCAAUGUCCUUGGGACCAGAAGCAAGGCUUUGAACAUGGCAGAGAGCCAGAAUGGAGGCAUGGUAGCAGACUUCAGGCAUCUUACUCUGAAGGAGCAGAAGUCUGGAGGUGGCGGCAAAGGAGUCAGUGAUAUUUCCCUCAGUGUUACAGAAGAGCUGCACAUCAUCUACUUCGACACGGUCUUUGAGAUGAAAGGCGUGUCAGUUGAGUUGCAGGCCUCCUCACUCCCGGUGGUCAUCAUCUCUAACUCCAGCCAGCAGCAGAGUGCCUGGGCAUCUGUCCUCUGGUUCAACCUGCUCAGUGUGGACACAACGGAUGUCAUGUUCUUCGCCAACUCUCCUGCAGCCACUUGGCCGCAGUUUGGAGAAAUGUUGAGCUGGCAGUUUCUCUCUGCCACUAAACGAGGUCUGAGUGAGGAUCAGCUGGAAAUGAUCGCACAGAGACUUUUUGGAGAGCAGCAGAAGUAUGACACAUGCAAAGUCGCUUGGUCAAAAUUUAGCAAGGAAAAUACUCCAGACACUUUCUGGGUGUGGAUUGAUGGCAUCUUGGUGUUGGUGAAAACGUACCUUGAAGACCUGUGGAGGGAUGGCCUCAUCAUGGGCUUUGUGAACAAAGGCAAAGAGAAGUCCCUCCUGAAGAAGAAACAGAGAGGCACGUUCUUGUUGCGGUUCAGUGAAAGUGUCAUUGGGGGAAUCACCUUCUCCUGGGUGGAAAUCACCACAACUGGUGCGCCUGAAGUGAAGACAGUCCGGCCCUUCACCAAGGUCGACCUCUGCCAAAUUCCUUUCCAUGAAAUCAUCAGGGACUACCAGAUCUUAGAGGCUGAAAAUAUCCCAGAAAAUCCUCUUCUCUACCUAUAUCCCAACACGCUUAAAGACGAGGCUUUCGGAAAAUACUACUCUGAGAAGACAGGAAGUAACAGAAAGUACAUCAGAACCAAGCUGAUGUUUGUUUCAAAGGAAACCAAACCGAAGUCCUCCCUCACCUCUGGAGACGUAUCACCUUGACCCCAUGCUGUCUGAAUCCUUUGCUGCCACAGACGAUGACUUACUGAGGUUUCUCAACAGCCCCAACGUCUUUGUUGGUUCUUGUUCUGACAUCUUGCAAGAUGAGGCGGGGCUGCUAGAUUGCGGUUUUACGGGAUAUAAUGGCUUGCCACAACAAUCCUGUGGAAGCAUUUUCCAAUAAGUGUCUGUAAGAUUUGUCCUUUUUCAAUGUGCAUUUGUUUGCAGCUGUGCACUUUUAAAUGAUUAGAACGUUAUAAUUCUCUAUUAUCAUGUUUUAUUAUUAUUGAUAAUGAGACUAUUUGAAGACACAAAAGAGAGAUAAUUGAAUUAGCUGGACUAAUAUCCACUCCAUUAGUGUCCCAGGCACCUGUAUUAGACACCUCAACUAUCAUGCAUCUGUUACUUCAAGAAAUUCUAUACAACUGACCAUGUAAGCAAAGUACAUUGUUCAGACUGCACAUCGCUUAUUGUUUCAAUGUCCCUUUGUGGUUACUUUACUGUUGCCACCUGCAGCUUGUGAUGCAUUGAUCUGACACAUAGUACUUCCUCCCUUUAAGUUCUAUGCUUUCAUGUUAACCUGCUCAUUCAAAUCCAAAUUCAUGUGUAUCGCCAAUAAAAGGGAAAUGAUUAAUUUCA